GCGAAGGGAAGCCCCCCAAAACCAUCUUCCUCCGCCGCCGGCCGCCGGCCGCCGCCACUGCCGCCUGAACGCCAUGGCGGUCUCCCACCUGCGGGCGGCCCUCUCCCGCAUCCUCCGCUCGCCAUCCCGCCUCCUCGCCUCCUCGCACACCCCUCCCCUCUUCCUCCACUCUUCCGCUGCCGCCGCGUCCUCUUCCGGCUCCUUCGCGGCGGAGGACUACCUCGUCUCCCGCUGCGGCCUCACCCAGGCGCAGGCACUCAAGGCCGCCGCGAAGAUCUCCCACCUCCCGUCCAGCGCCAAGCCCGAUGCCGUGCUCGCCUACCUCGAGAGCACCCUCCGCAUCCCCGCCGCCGACGUCGCCAGGGUCGUCCUCAUGGACGCUUCCUUCCUCUGCGCCGACGUGGAGCAGACCCUGUCCCGGCGCAUUGCCGACCUGCACGACCUCGGCCUGUCGCGGGACCAGAUCGCGCGCCUCCUUCCCCUCGUCCCCAACUCCUUCCGCAACAGGUUCCUCCGGAGCAAUCUCGAGUUCUGGCUCGCCGAGAUCGGGUCCUUCGACAAGCUCUUGUGGGUCCUCAGGUCGUGCAACAGCCUUCUCGGCAUGGAUCUGGAGAAGGUUGCCAGGCCCAACGUGGCCUUCCUCCGGCAAUGCGGCCAGGACAUUUCUGAGAUUGCUGGCUCCAAUCUCUACAUAAGUCGGAUCUUCACCAUGAAACCGGAACUUCUCAAGGAGACUGUCCAGCGAGCGGAGGAGUUGGGCGUCGAGCGUAGCUCCAGAAUGUUAAGCCGCGCGCUUGCUGUGGUUGCUUUUGUGGACAAGGAGGUUAUUGACAGGAGAAUACAGCUGUUACACAACCUUGGGUUCUCAAAGGAUGAUGUGCUGGCGGUUGUGAGGAAGCAGCCUCUCGUUCUGGGCUUGUCCGAGCAAAAGAUUCAGGGAAAUGUGGAUUUCUUGACGAAGGAUGUCGGUCUGGAAUUAUCCUAUAUUGUGCGAAGACCAGUGCUGCUCAUGUAUAGUGUUGAACGGCGGUUGUUGCCCCGGCAUUGCUUGCUCAAAGUUCUCAGGGAGAAGGGUCUGGUGAAGGGUAAGCCAGACUGCUUGGGCACUGCCUCAAUAGGUGAGAAGAUUUUUGUGGAGAAAUAUGUGCGUCCUUUCAAGAACCAUGUCCCAGGCCUCACCGAUGACUAUGCCUCCAAAUGUUGGAGGAAGGCAAUGGAUGGAAUUCGCAGCCAAAAGACUGACUGAAUAUUGCUGAAGGUUGUAGUGGAAAGGACAAGUCUUGACAGAAUCUAGAGCAGCAGUAUAGUGGUCAAUAUCCAUGGUGCUUGGAUGACAACCUGCCAUAACAUGCAAGUUGUUUCUAAUUGUCUGAGGGCAGGGUAUAGUUUACUCACUGCCCAAGUUGCCUGUUACCUUAUGUUUCCCUCUGAACGUGCAUCAUGAGAAAACAGUAGUGUCUUUCCAUGGUAAUCAAACAAAGGAAACAUGUAACACAUCUUUUAGGUUUUGGAAGCAUUGAGCUUGGGUCAUUGAUGCAGUGGUUAGAACAAAGAGGGAAUGGAUCAUACAAGAGGCACACGAACAAGACAGAAAUCUAGGUGGAAUUGCAACUCACAAAUUCCUUCUAGUAUUCACCAACAAUAGUGGAUAGCUUCUUCAUCCCCCUUGUCAAAACCCAGUUCUUUUACAUAUAUAGACCACACAGGGCCAAUAAUACUAGGACCUGAAGAGGCUAGACAUGAACACACUAACACAUGACUUUUAAGCUUCUUAUUUAACCACAUAAAUACUUGGACCAUUAGGCUUCCUUUGUGCCUAUACUUGCACGUCAAAACUUCUCCAUGAAUGCUGAGUUAUUUGUCUGCAUCAGUCAUCUUGUUCUGCAUUUAGGUUAGAGCACUUGCAGCUCCUUGUUCAGUUCCAUGGUACUUGGACUUAUAGCAUUGGAGUGAGAUAACUGAAGUGGUCUUAAUCUAGCAAGAAUGAUUUACACAGUAAGUGAUGGAUGAUUAGCCUUGCUCUUGCUUUUCUCUUGUAUGGAGCAAGUAGAGGUCAUCUGUUCUUUUGGCCUUGCACUGUAGUCAGCAGCAGUCAGUAGCUGUGGUCAGCAACCGUAUACGGUAGUGGAGUAGUGGGAGUAUGUCUUUGUACUCUACAUUUGACUUAUGAUAUAUGCAAGAUAGGAGAGCAGCUGCAGCUCUAGUUCAGUACUCUACAUUUGACUUAUAUGCAAGAUAGGAGAGCAACUGCAGCUCUAGUUCAGUUCAGCUGCACCAAGCAACUUGUGCUCUCUGUUCUCACCUAUUCCCUUCUACCUCUAGCCAAUGAGAACUCUUUUUUUUUUUUGAAAACACGCCAAUGGGAACUCACCUAGAGGCUGGGCCAACAUACGCCAUAUCACACAGAGAGCUGAUGCAUGAUUCACCCUUUGCACUGAAAUAUCUUUUGUAUUUGCUUUUUUGAAGAAAUAUGAAUGGUUAAAAGAUGAUCUUGAAGGGUUGCCAAUGCAAUGUGUCAUGUGAAAACACAUAAAAAUGUGAACAGAAGCCAAAUAGAAUUUCCUGAUGCUUGUUCCAUGAAACCAAAUUUUCUGGUUACUUAUCUGCUUGGUUUUUCCACUUUUGUUUUUAAUAAUACCAAAGGAUACAUUUAUAUGCAUGAAAUUUCUCUUGGUUAUACUCAAACAAGUAGAAGACGGGCCUGGCACCAUGUUGCAACAACUGAAGCUGGGAUACAAGAUUGGAGACAGAAUUUGGCAGCUCACCACCUAGCAUGUUGUACUGGAGGCUGAUGACACAAAGGUGGGUGUGGUUUGUGAAGAAAGUGAUGAAAUUCCCUGUCCUGAGCACUUCUUGCGUCGAGCAUGUUGCCUUCAAAGGUGUCUGGGCAAAGUUUUCCAAGGGGAUAUGGUGCCAGACUGCCAGUGAGGCUAUUGACGCCUAGCCAUAGGGAGUAGAGCAUGAUUGUGUUGGCUAGUUAAGAUGGAAUUCCUCUGACAAAUUUGUUAAAGCUGAGGGGGAGAUAUUUGAGCAUCUUGUUCUGGGCUAAUGCAAGCUCCAUAAGGGACUGUUGUGGCCAUCCUCAGGGGUGGUGCCUGAGGUGUUGUUUCCUCCUGCUAUGAACGACCUGAGUCCAACGAUUCUACACAAGUUCUCUGGGAUGGUGCCCUCGAGAUGUUUGCUGCUGAGGUUGAUUCCCUGGGGAAGAAGAGAUUAGCGAUUGACAUUGUGAUUCCUCUCGGGAGCUGGUUCCUGCCAAGCCUGAUGCUCCCUAGUUUUCUGCAGUUCCUCAGGCCACCUGUGAUCUCACCCUGGAGUGGAUUGUUUGAGAAGUGAAGAUAUCAUAACCGGUGUAUGUGGCUGACAGUUGUAGGGAUUAUUUGACCUUGCAGCAUGUUUUUUGGCUACGGUUGAGGCUUGUCUAUUUGCUGAGCGCCUAGCCCUGUGCCUGUGCCUGCAUACUAACCCUCGGCAAUGGCACAGGUUAGCAAUUCCGUUUCAGGAAUGGCAGCAUGCCUCGAUUGCUGUCCUAGGAUUGCCUUCAGUUCCAGCAAGGCAUCCUGGUCAAUCUAACUGCUGAAUGGCGCUGCCGAUGCCUGAUUGAACAAAGUUGAGAUGGUAGGAGCCCACGAAGCAGCACAAGAGGAAAACUCAGAUGAGAAACGACAUGGAUACUGUAGUGUCCUCAAUUUGCUGCCAUGGAGAAAGACCAAUUGUGUAUGUAUACAUGGUGUAUCGUAAGUCAAAUUUCAAGUGGUAGAACAGGUACUCCCUUCAUUUCAAAUUAUAGGUCGUUUGACCUUUUUGACU